AUGAAACUAGCAGUGAUCGUGAUAGCUUUGAUCGCCAGCGUAGCCUGUGCCCCAACUCAGCGCGCUCUAACGGAUGAUUUUGACGAUUUUGUCGCACUUCUUCCUGUUGACGACCUAGUGAAUUUAGCCCUUCGUUAUUUCCUUACCGACAAGGAAGUUCAGGAUGCGUUCCUGUAUCUUCAAGGAGAAGAAUUUGCAUCGGUGUGGGAUCAAUUCUUUGCCCUGAAUGAAGUACUCGAUUUGUUGAAUUAUUUAGAAGAUGCAGGUGUUCCAGCAUAUGACUCUUUAAAUGCCGUUGCAAACUUCUUUGGUUUGACACCCUUGAAACCAUCCGUUCGAAGCCUACGUACGGGGGGAUUGAACGGCUUGCUACAAGAAGCACUUGCUCUUUUGCCAAACGAAGAGCUAGAGGCUUUGUUUGAUGAGAAAAUGAAAACUAGUCCUGAAUUCAAAGAAUUGUUUGAAAAACUUCAGAGUUUCGAAUACAAGAAACUAGUAGAGUUAUUCGAGAACUCUGCUGAAGUGCAAGCAUUGGUGCAAAAAUUACGUGAUCAUGGUAUCGAUGUAGAUUACAUAGUGGAGUUGGUUAAAGCUUUCUUCGGAUGGAAAUAAAUAUCAAUUCUGGUAUUGAAUGA